AUGUGUCAAAUAUCGUGCUUAUUUCUUCUUUUCAUCAUCGUCUUGUCUCCUUAUACUCUUUCCGUAAUUUCUUUUCCUUCUUUUUUUGUUCUUUCCUUAUACUCUUUCUCUUUUCCUUCUUUUUUCCUCUUUCCUUAUACUCUUUCCAUAUUUCUUUUCCUUCUUUUUUUCUCUUUCCUUAUUUCUUUUCCUUCUUUUUUUCCUCUUUCGUUAUACUCUUUCUCUUUUCCUUCUUUUUUCCUCUUUCCUUAUACUCUUUCCUUAUUUCUUUUCCUUCUUUUUUUCUCUUUCCUUAUUUCUUUUCCUUCUUUUUCUUUUCCUUAUUUUUUCUCUUUCCUUAUUUUUUUCCUUCUUUUUAUACUCUUUCCUUUUCCUUCUUUUUUCUUUUCCUUCUUUUUCCUUUUUCUUUUGCUUCUUUUUCCUCUUUCCUUAUUUCUUUUCCUCUUUUUUUUUACUCUUUCGUUAUUUCUUUUCUUUUCCUUCUUUUUCCUCCUUCCUUAUUUCUUUUUCCUUAUUUUUUUCCUUUCGUUUUUCUCUUUCUUAUUUCCUUUCUUUUUUCCUCUUUCCUUAUACCCUUUCUUUAUUUCUUUUCCUUCUUUUUUCCUCUUUCCUUAUUUCUUUUCCUUCUUUUUUCCUCUUUCGUUAUACUCUUUCUCUUUUCCUCUUUCCUUAUACUCUUUCUUUUUUCUUUUCCUUUUUUUUUUCUCUUUCCUUAUUUCUUUCCCUUUUUGUCCUCUUUCCUUAUACUCUUUCUUUAUUUCUUUUCCUUCUUUUUUCCUCUUUCCUUAUACUCUUUCCCUAUUUCUUUUCCUUCAUUUUUCCUCUUUCCUUAUACUUUCCUUAUUUCUUUUCCUUCUUUUUUCCUCUUUCGUUAUAUUCUCUUUUCCUCUUUCCUUAUACUCUUUCCCUAUUUCUUUUUUCCUCUUUCGUUAUACUCUUUCUCUUUUCCUCUUUCCUUAUACUCUCUUUUUCUUUUUUCCUCAUAGUCUUUCCCUAUUUCUUUUCCUUCUUUUUUCCUCUUUCCUUAUAAAAAAAGCAACUCUCCAAAGAUAUGUUCAUCGUGUUUGGUGUUCUUCAUCCACUAUGACAUCAUCUUCAUUACCAAAUGGUGUUCAAUUAAAAAGAAUUUGUGAUGAGGAUCUGGGUAAGAAAAGCCAUAGUGAGUUGUCACGUCUUGUCCGCCAACUGGAUUCUGAAAACAAAUCCAUUAUGUUCGAUCAUGACAACAUGAUGAAAGAGGUAAAUCGGAGAUUACACAUUCAUCUUAUGGAAAUUCGAGGCUUGAAAAAUGUUAAUCAGAAACUCCAGGAUGACAACCAAGAACUUCGAGACCUCUGCUGCUUCUUGGAUGAUGAACGGCAGAAUGGGAAAAAAAUGGCAAAGGACUGGCAGCGUUUUGGACGCUACACAGCAAGUGUAAUGCGUAGUGAAGUCUCAGUGUAUCAGGAAAAGCUCAAAGAACUUGAGCUAAAGCAAGACGAGCUGAUCCGGGAUAAUUUGGAACUGCAGGAAUUAUGUUUAUACCUGGGUAAGGAGCAUCUUUUUGAUCAGGAUCACCGUGAUGAUGGGGAUGGCAGUAGCAGUGGAACGAUAACUGGGAGUGAGAAGACCGAACAAGCAAUUGAUGGAACUGAAGAGCAGAAUCGACAAUUAGCCAUUUCAGAUGACACUUUGAAUUAUAUUAAACAGUUAGAAGAUAAAAUACGAAAAUUAGAAGAAGAAAAAACCCAUUUGGCAAAGCAACUUGAACAACACUCAGCCGACAGGAGUCCAAGUCGAUGCUCAUCUGGUCCUGUUACCUCUUCUGGCUGUUCCAUUCCAGUUCGAGCACAAGUUGUUUCUAGUCACAGUCGCCCACCUCAUUGUAUUGAAAGUGUCCCAAGUCACCCUGCUGCAGUACAACAGCAUUCCUCUAAGCCAGAAGCAGUUGUUCAUGCCAUGAAGGUGUUAGAAGUUCACCAACAACUUGAACGACCUGUAAGUGGAGCAGGACCUGAUCAUUUAGGCGAUAAGGAAAGGGCCAUUGUCAAAGAAAUGUGUAAUGUCGUUUGGCGUAAGCUUGAAGACUCCUCCCCUUCUGAGACUUACCGGGUGAUACCUCCACCUUCCUCUCCGGAAACUUCAGCUAAAUUUUAUCAACAGUCUUCCAAGGUACAUUCUUUCCCCAGAUAUUCCCAGCCACCCCAGUUUCCUGCUCCUACCCACCAGAAGUCAACCCAUUUGUACUCACCACCACCUUCAGGUCAUCCAUUUUGUCUGACAUAUAUUUAUCUCCUCUCUUUAUCCCUUUCUAUUCCCUCCUCUCUCUCUCUCUCUCUCUCUCUCUCUUUCUUUCUUUGCAGUUGUGUAUCUGCUUUUUUUCAUGGCUACUUUCCAUCAUUGCUUUCACUUUGA